CCUCGUACUGAUGUGUGCUGGUCAAGAAGAGUAGGCGACGGUUGGCCCACCGACAUGCUGCUGCUAAUGCUGCUGCUGGUAGUUGGAAGCGGCGGAACGACUGAAACUAUGGUGUGGCUGCAACAGACGACCCCCGAUCCCCGAAGGAUCAUAUUUCCACCUGGUCCCAGCAUCACGACACUACUACCACCACCACCACCACCAGCAUCAUCAUCUCAUCCGCCGGAUUAUCCCAACGCCGGAGAUCGAACGCAGGUGACCAGGCCAGGCAGGAUACGUUCGUGCGCCCGAGGCUUCUACCGCUGGUACGACAGCUGCCCGGCCAGGGGUUUCGGACAAGGAAAACAAAAAUUACGACUCACCGAGUGUGGCCACUCGAAACUGCAUCAUCACAUCGCAAAAUCAUAUCAUGGCAGCCUUUCUUCUCUUUCCAGUGUUCCACAGCCCAAAACACAGCUGGCCAUUACGAUCUGUCGUUGUUGGGCCAGAUGUGUCACACACAAACACACACGGGACGAUGUAAAAAUGUACAUCGUCGUACCAUGUGCUGGAUGAUGAAUUGGGUGCUGGAUGUGUGAAUUAUAUAAUUUCGGGACAAUUUAGAGCUCCCUAAUGACGACGGAAAAGUUGUAAACGAUUGUGGCUGGAUGUGACCUAAACAUUGUGCCACAGAAAAGAUAUAAGUGGUUUCCCUGGUUACAGCAGCGUUUGAUCCUUAUAUCCAUGGUACACAGUUGCUUGCAGGGAGCGAAGCGAUGUCUUCGUUUGUAGAGCGAUCUGUGGUGGUGAUCGACAAACUUGUUUUAAAAUCAUGAACUGCAUGUAGUC